AUGAGUGAAAACAUCAUCCUCGACACAGACUAUAUUGCGAACAACAUUCAAAUAUAUAUCGAUGAAGGAAACUUUAUUGAUAUAUUUGAUGUGAACACCAUUUCGGAAGUCUUAUCAAAAACAGAACCUAUUUCAACAAACUUCAGAUUACUUAUUUCACAAUUUAAAGAAAAUUGCAACUCUCUGAAACUAUGUGCAUGCGUUCAAAAGAGCAAUAUUAAUAUUCUUUCAUUUGAAGAUGCAAUCAAUGUUCUUCAAAGUUACAAUCAGGCCCUCAAACUAAACUCACUUCCUACAGUAAUAAGAUAUUUGGAAGAAUACGGAAAAAAUACUUCUAGAAAUCAAAACAAUCUCAUAUCUGAAAAUCAAAAACUCCAGAAUAAGAUUUCAAACCUAGAAAAAGAAAUUAAUGAAUCCAAUAAUAAUUUUUUUGCUGAAUUACGAAUGUUAUAUUCUGAAAAAUAUUUGAACUCAGAUUUUGGUGCGAUUUACGAUUUCCUUAAACAAGCUUCAGAUAAUGGUGAUAAAAUGAAAAUGUCUAUUUCAUGUGAAAUUGGUUUAGAUAAAAAGAAAGAUUCGGGUGAAAAUACUCCACUUCUUUCAGCAUGUUCUAAAGGAGAUCUUCAAUUAGUAAAAUCUCUUAUUGAAAAAGGUUGCGACAGAGAUGCAAUUAAUAAAGAUGAAUGUAAUUGUUUAAUUAUAGCAUCAUAUAAUGGACAUCUUGAAAUUGUAAAAUAUUUAAUUGGAAUUGGAUUUGACAAGAAUUGCCAAUAUAAACUAAAUGGCUCUAAAGCAAUUCAUUUUGCAUCACAAAAUGGUCAUCUUGAAGUUGUUAAAUAUCUUAUUUCAAUUGGAGCUAAUCCAAAAGAAAAAGAUAAUGAUGGAUGGUCUCCAAUUCAUGCUGCAUCACAAAAUGGUCAUCUUGAAGUUGUUAAAUAUUUAAUUUCAAUUGGAGCUGAUACAAAAGAAAAAGAUAAUGAUGGAGUAACUCCAAUUCAUGCUGCAUCACAAAAUGGUCAUCUUGAAGUUGUUAAAUAUCUUAGUUCAAUUGGAGCUAAUCCAAAAGAAAAAAAUAAUAAUGGAUGGUCUCCAAUUCAUUUUGCCGCAAAGAAAGGGCAAUUUGACGUUGUUGAAUAUUUAGUUUCAAUUAAUGUCAAUCUUAAUGAUAAAAACGCACAGGGAAAAACUCCACUUGAUUUAGCAAAAGAAAAACAAAAUGAAAAUGAAAAUUACAAAAAGAUUACGAAUUUAUUACGAAAUAGAGGUUGA